UCACAUAGUAUAUGUGCAGCUGAUCGCCCACGAUAAAACACAAAGUCUUCGUACUAUACUACAUUCUGAGUGAUUGAGACAAGAAAAAAAAGGCCCCGUUUGAUCUCUAAUCUAUCUACUCUAAAACCGCAAUGGGUACUUUAUCAUUCUUCAUUGGCCUCCUAGCCAUCUUUCUUCCCCUUUGCUCUGCAGCAUCCCAGGAUAUGUUCAACUUGUUUGCAUACGGUGAUAAUAUAGGCGGUCUUCCACUGGUCUUCCGAGAUGGAUAUGCGCAAGUUGGUGACCCAAACAAACUAAAUUCUUCGUUUACCAAAAUAUAUUUCGAUACGAACUCGAGUACCUCGCAGUGGGUCGCAAACCCUAACAACACUGAUAGUUCUGCGAACGCAACAUGGUCCAACCAAGUACUGUUCGUCCCGGGGCCAUCAUCGAGCGACCACCGUAUUGGAUUCGCAUCAGAUCCCGGCUCUAACGUCACAACUACAUUCAAGACGUACGGCCAAUUCGUCUUCGUGGUUAACACUACAGGAGAAUGGGAGUCUGCAUUCUACGCGCAGUCUACAGAUACGGAAAAUCUCUACUCUCUUCUCUGGAACCCUGGUGAUUCUGAAGACUACAUUCCUGUGACACUGAGAACUGUCGCGCCGUCAAAUUUCCAGGACAGUAACGAGACCAGCAGUAGCAGCUGAACUUAGAAGGAGAAGUAGCCAGUGUAGUUGGGAAAAUGGACACUUGUCGGUUUCGCUAUCAUUCUCCCUAUCUUUUUGUCCGGCCUAGUUAGGAAUACAGAAGUCAC